GACAAGGCGACGCUUUUGUGCCGACAGACCGGCUGGCUGACGCAGGUGACAAGGGAAAUACGGACAAAUAGCGUCCUGUCACACAGAAACUCUGGUGUCGGGCUGCCUUCUCCCGUCCCUCUUCAGUGCGUCGCUUUGCUUCGAUGUGUGUGGGAUAGUGUGGGAUGACGUCGUCGAUAUCGCCCGUCACGUCGGAUGUGCCGACGACGGUGACGGCCACCGUCACGGGGGCCAGGGGCGAGGGCUCGUCGAAGGGCUCCGCGUGUGGCCCCUCGCCCACGGCACAAGCCGGACAGCGCACUAGGCCGUCAGCAGGACAGCGGAUAUGGAGUCACAAGGUGGGCCGCUGUGGGGAGAUUCGAUUGCACUAGGGACAGGGGGAGCAGUGCGCGUAUGCGUUGGUGCCGUGUUGGGUGCUGUUACAGGUCCGGUCGUCGACGGUGGCUGGUGGGAAGGGCAAGGCAGCAUACUACACACUGGACCCUCGCAACUUCUCGCCGAGAAUGAGGCGGGAGCUGCUCAUCGCUGCGCGGCGGCGGGUGGUCAUGUCGUAUGAAGGGUGGGAGGGGCUCAAGGCGGGUACAUCUCCCGCCGACCGCGACAGCAGCGGCAAAAGCGACGCCACACGGGACCGAAGUUCAUUCUCGGACGGUGAGCCCGUGGAAGCAUCGAGUCCACUGUGUGUCCGUCUGUCUGUGUGUAUGUGGUGCAGAGGAGGACGUUGCGGAGAAGGAUGUCAUGGGGUGUCACGACAACCCCUUCAGGUCUCGCUACCGCAUCCGUCGGCUGCGGCUCUUCCGUGUGUCGUCACUCCUCUGCGGCCGCUCCGUGUACCACCCCGUCCACCGACUUGACGACGAGCCCAUCCCGACAUCUCUGCCCCCGCCACUCAAAAGACGCCCUGCGAGAGGAGACACCAAGGCCAAUCGCACACCGAGGGGCCGCGCGGCCUCGUGUGAGCCGGUGGCCACGGUGGGCGUGAAGGACCUGACUUUGCCGAUCCCGGUGCGGCGGACGAUCAGCCACGGGGCGAGGGAGGGCGAGGCGUCAUCGAGCAGCGAGGGGGUGAUGGCUGUAGGUGCUGGGCGAAUGGGUCACGUGGAUGCUGCUGCCGCGGAGGACGGUAAGUGGUAUUCUGAAAACAUGGAGGAGGAAAUGAUGCAUCCCAUCCAGUCAGUCGGCCAACGUGAGUGUCUGUCAGAUGAGUGGGGCGAUGACACGACCACGGACGCCUGGGUGACCGCCCGCUUCGACGAGGCCGUCAAGCGGAUCCGGCGGGAGCGGCGGUCCAUCCCCAUGCGCAUCCACGCGCCCAUCCCCUCUGCGCCACUCCCCUGGGACAGGCGAGUCGGCCGCGCACCGCCACCAACACGGGCCGCCAACCGGAAGCGUGUGACCGAGGGGUUCCCGUCGAUAGAGAUCGACGCCGAGAUGGUGGAGAGGUUCCUGGCGGCAGUUAUGGACGAGAUGGCGGAGAGAGAAGCGGAGAGGGCGCCGGAGGAGACCUGACGUGCCGUGUGUGUGUUUGUGUGCGGAUACGCGAGUGGGCGGGUGGGUGUGGGUGCGUGGUGGAUGGAUGGAUGGGUGGGCGGGGUAGGUAAGUGUCUUGUCAUUUUUUGAGCCGAGCUGCCAUUUGGUUGCGCAGUCGGGCUGCUUGCUGACUGGCUGGCUCGCCACACACUUUGACUUGACACACAUGCACCUCUCUAGAGAGCUAUGGACAUUCAUUCACCCGCUCACUCGCUCACUGGAUCAGGUGACACACACACAUAUACCUUCUUAUGCGUAUGUGUAUGUCGCGACCGACCAAUCGAUGGCGCGUGCGGUGGCUGGUGAGUGGACUGGUGGAUGAAUGGGUGGGUGGCUGGCUGGCUGGUAUGGUUGCAAUGGCUGCUGUGUCGCUUAUUUCGAUUGUUCCUGGCUGAUUGGGCGUGUUUGGGCGGGGCAUCCUGGCUGAUGGGACUGGUUCUGGGGGGUGGGGGGGCAUCACAUCGCAUCACACCACACACAUCGCGUUCAUCUCAUCGAAGGCAGGUCUAUAAUUAGUUUCGCCUGAGCCGACCGACAUACAUACGUAGAAGUGUUUUCCGCCGUAACUUUUUGUAAGUGCGUCGUGCAAGAGUUAAUUUUCCGUGUUUCUAAGUAUAUUCCCCACCUGCUGCGUCCAUGCCAUGGUUUUUCUUGUGUUUCGUCCACCAGGUCACUGCGGGCGGGAGAAGAUCAUGGGAUUUGCUGAUGGAUUGAUGAGUGGAUUGAUGAAUGAGUGAUCGUCGACAGAGACAGUGCGGCGAUUUAGUGAAUUCAAGCAACAGUGCGUGAUUAACGGAAUGAGGCAGGCAUUCAUGCAGACAGACAGACAGACAGACAGACAGGUGGGCGGGCGGGUGGGCGGAAGCACACAGAUUUGUCCCUUCCUUUCUCGUUACGUGUUGGUCCCCUCCCGAUUUGAUUUUUGUGCGUGGCUGAGUGGGGGCGGGGAUGGAGGAAGGGAUGGAGGGAUAGUGAGCUGCGUUUGUUUUCCAUACAGAUAGUUUGCAGCACUGUAUGGUUUUCGCGGGCGAGUGAGGCAUUGAUCCACACAUGGAGGGGCCGACCAAAGCAAGAGAGGCGGCCGACGGACGGACAGGCAGGCAGCCAGACAGACAGACCGGAGGGCGGGCAGCCGUGUGGCUGGACUGAUCGGACGUGCCACCGCGGCCGUGCAGGCAGUAUCAGGCGGCCAAAGCCGCGCCUGCCUGUUGAUGCCUUUUGACCUCAUUCAUCAUGGCAGCUGCAGUCAGCACCGCAUCCGCCCUCCCACCCUGCCAACAGACCGACCCACACGUGUGGGCGUGUGUGUAAGUGUGUAUGCAUGUGUGUGUGUAACUAUAUCAUGCAUACAUGCAUAACAAUGCAUACGUACGUACGAACGUAUACGUACUGCUGCGUACAGUACAGACAUAUUGUACAUACACACAUGUACACACACAUACAUACAUACAUGUACAUAGUACGGUUGUGUUCACUCCCACACACACCUGUUCACUCCCACAUACACCUGUUCACUCCCACCCUCCCUGUGAUGUGAUGUGAUGUGAUGUGAUGGGUGUGCUCAUAUGAUGUGUGCGCGCCCUGUCGCCCCGCCCGUCCGCCCGUCCGCCCGUCCGCCCGUCCACCUGUCUUGUCUCCCACUUUUUGCGUCUUCCCUCUUGCAUCGGCUCCUUCUGUGUCUCGCUGCCUGGUUGCCUUCUGUGUGUGCUAGUUGCGAGCCCUUAGCGCUUCAUUGUGUGUGUUGCUGCUGCCUGUGUUGGGCGGGUAUUACAACCCUGGACGUGUGGCCGUGGCUGUCUGCCUAUGCGGCUGCCUGCGUACCUGCGUGGCUGCGCACAAACCAAGCCUGCACAAACCAGCGUGCGGCGGUGCGCAUACAUGAUAUGGUGCCAUGAUGAGUCGGUCAUCCAGACGGUUUUGCUCUCACCCGUCCGUCCGUCCGUCCUGUCUGUCUGUCUGGCUGUCUGUCUCGUGUCUCUUUUCCAUUCUUUCUCCACUCAUUCUGCCGACCUGGCCUGGGCUGACCUUGCGCACACAACACACCAAAAGAUGACAUAAAUGUUCCACGAUCAGCAGCACACCUACACAUACAUACCCACCUCCGUACCUGCACGUCGAUCUGUGUGCACACUGCUGCUGUUGGUGGUGGUUUACCUUGUUGUAUGUGUUUCGCAAGUCAGCAGAACGCCACCCAUGGCCGGCCGGCGAACGUUUCUAAUGUUUUUGUAGGUCGGUUUGUUCUCUGUGUCUCUGUGUCUGUGUCUCUGUUCCGUGUCUUUGUGUGUCUGUGUCUGUGCCUAGCAAUGAGAUGAACAGCUGCAUGGGUGGGUGCGGAUGGAAACCAGCCAAUCGGACUCGUAAUACUAGAGAGAUGGUAGGGGAUGUCGAUACUGCAGUCGGCACAUAAAUUUGCCGGCAUUUUAUAGCUAGACAUGUGUCUGUCUGUUCGUCUGUUUGUGCGUGCACUAGAACUGUCAACCAGUGACUCAGUGAUUGCGUGUUCGAGAGUGUGUGUGUGCGUGUGUCAGAGUGAGAGAGGCACACAGCACAAAAACGUUCGGG